GAGCAAACUUGGGGUUUAGGGUUUUUAUACAGUCUGUCCCGCCCAAGGGCAAGGGUCUCUCUCUCUCUCUUUGUUUCUUAGUUUAAGGGUUUUAUUCGUCGGAAAGAUGAUGUACGGUGGUGAUCCUCAACAGCAGUAUCAUCAGCAGCAAGGCGGGGACUUUAACCGGGGCCCACCCCCGCCGCCUAUGAUGAGGCAGCCCUCUGCGUCUUCCAGUACUCUUGCCCCAGAUUAUCACCACCCCUCCGCCCAAGCACCUCCUCCUUACGAUGCUCACGGUGAUAGUUUUGCUGCAAAGAGGAUGAGAAAGCUUACCCAAAGGAGGGCAGUUGAUUAUACUAGCACUGUUGUGCGUUAUAUGCAGAUUCGUAUGUGGCAGCGAGAUUCAAGGGAUAGGACAACAUUGCAACCUACCCCAGCAGCUGCGAUUGAUAUGUUGCCAACAAUUGCCUAUUCAGAUAAUCCAUCUACAAGCUUUACUGCAAAAUUUGUGCAUACCUCGUUGAAUAAAAACCGUUGUUCAAUUAACCGGGUUUUGUGGACUCCUACAGGGAGGCGAUUAAUCACAGGCUCUCAAAGUGGGGAAUUCACUCUUUGGAAUGGACAGUCAUUUAAUUUCGAAAUGAUUCUUCAGGCCCAUGAUCAAGCAAUCAGAUCUAUGAUAUGGAGUCACAAUGACAACUGGAUGGUCUCUGGUGAUGAUGGUGGCUCGAUAAAGUACUGGCAGAACAACAUGAAUAAUGUCAAGGCCAAUAAGUCUGCUCAUAAAGAAUCGGUCAGGGACUUAAGCUUCUGUAGGACAGACCUGAAGUUCUGCUCCUGCUCAGAUGAUACAACUGUUAAAAUUUGGGACUUUGCGCGAUGCCAAGAAGAGCGUUCAUUGUCUGGCCAUGGUUGGGAUGUGAAGAGUGUUGACUGGCACCCUACAAAAUCUCUUCUAGUUUCAGGUGGGAAAGACAACCUUGUGAAACUUUGGGAUGCCAAAACAGGAAGAGAGCUUUGUUCGUUCCAUGGCCACAAAAACGUGGUGCUCUCCGUGAAAUGGAACCAAAAUGGUAACUGGGUGCUAACUGCUUCAAAGGAUCAAAUCAUCAAGCUUUAUGACAUUAGGGCUAUGAAAGAGCUUGAGUCUUUUCGUGGACAUCGGAAAGAUGUGACUGCGCUGGCUUGGCACCCAUUCCAUGAAGAAUACUUUGUCAGUGGGAGUUUUGAUGGGUCCAUUUUCCAUUGGCUUGUGGGGCAUGAAACGCCUCAGGUAGAAAUUCCUAAUGCGCAUGAUAAUGCUGUGUGGGACCUUGCAUGGCAUCCUAUUGGAUAUCUUCUUUGCAGUGGUAGCAAUGAUCACACGACAAAGUUCUGGUGCAAAAAUAGGCCAGGGGAUACUGCCCGUGAUAAAUUUAGCAUGGGUCAGAACCAAGGUUAUGGUGAGCAAAACCCUGUUUUUGGUGGUCGCAUGACUGGUAAUUUCCCAGCACCUGAAGGGCCAACAACUCCAGGAUCAUUUGCUCCUGGGCUGACUCGAAAUGAAGGAACUAUUCCUGGUGUUGGAGUUGCAAUGCCAUUAUCCAUUCAAUCUCUUGAUGCAUCAGCUCAGGGAGAGCAAAAGCAGCCUCUUCCUGUUUCAAUGCCUGUAGGGGCUCCUCCUCUCCCUCCUGGUCCACAUCCCUCCCUUCUUGCUGCCAACCAGCAGCAAUCAUAUCAACAACAGCCGCAGCAGAUCCCACCACACCACCACCACCACCACCAACAACAUCAGACACUCCCACAGCAAAUGUCACCUUUGCCUAUGCCACCUCCAAACAUGUCACAGCUACAACCUCCAUCUCAUUUACCUUUACUUCCACAUCCCCAUUUAUCUCGCCCUCCACCCCAAAUGGUCCCACUUGGUAUGCCUUCAUCAAUUCCAUCUUCAAUGCCAGGAUCGUUGCCAAUGCCAUCAUCAGGGCCUGGCUUACAUCAAUUGCCUGGUCCAGUGGGAAUGCAAGGUACAAUGAAUCAGAUUCCUCCAUUGCGGCAAGGCCAUUUUAUGGGUAUGAACCCCAUGCACUCAGGAUCUUUACCUUCGAGUGGACCACCUUCACAGGUUGGAAGUUUUCAGAAUGGCUUGACAAAUAUGCAGGCCCCAUCAAAUGCAGGUGGGCCCCAGAUGUAUCCUCGGGGUGGGAUAUUUAACCGGCCACAAGCUGGACAAAUGUCAAUGAUGCCAGGUUAUAAUCCCUACCAGUCGGGCAGUCAAUCUAGCAUGCCUGCUGGUCCACCACCGCAUGCCCAAACACCUCCAUAGGCCAUUCUUGUUGCAAACUAUAGCAAUGCAAGUGCUGCCAUCUAUGCCAGAAGACAAAGAACACUCUUUGGAAAACUUGUACCAGUGUUAAUCCUCCCGUGCCCUUUUUUUCCUUCUAUUAUUGUCAUUAUUAUUCUUUGAUUUUGAUCGUUGAAUGAGAUGGAUUUUGUUCAGCCAAAGAUUCAUUGUAAUUUGUUUGUCAAUAGAAUUCUCAGCUGGCUGAGAGCUUUUUCAUC